GCACCAACAUCCCAAUCGCGAAUCGACCGCUUCAACCGCCGCCUCCCCAAGUUCCUCCACAAAUACACAAACGCACUCGGCAACGCGCCCGUAGCCCACAUAACCUCCUUCCUCAUCCUGCACGAACUCACCGCCGUAAUCCCCCUCUUCGGCCUCGCAGGCUACUUUCACUACACGCAUUGGCUGCCACCGUGGAUCGCAGAAGGCGCAUGGAUCGCAUCGGGCGUGGAGCGGUUUGGUCGGUAUUUCAAGCGCAAAGGCUGGAUCCACGGCGAGGAGGCGCUGGAGGCUGAGCGCGAGGUGGACGAUAUGCAGAAGAAGCAGAAGUUGCGGAAGGUGGAUCAGGCGUGGAAUGUGGGGGAAGGAGGGGUGAGGCUGGUGGUGGAAUUUGCGACGGCGUAUGCGGUUGUGAAGAUGUUUUUGGUGCCGAGGAUCGUGUUUAGUGUGUGGGCUACGCCGGCGUUUGCG